AUGGUGUCGCAGGCUCCCAUGGCGGGGGCGGGCUCGGGCGCCGCCAACCUCACCGCGGCGCUGUGCAAGAAGAGUAACCGCGUCGCGCGGGUGCUCGCGUACGCGCUGCUGGAGUGGAUCCUCAUCGCGCUGCUCCUCGCCAACGGCGUCUUCUCCUACCUCAUAUCCCGGUUCGCCGCCUUCUUCGGCCUCGCGCCGCCGUGCGCGCUCUGCUCCCGCCUCGGCGUCGACAGCCUCUUCGAGUCCCACUCCCACCCCCACCACCGUGGCGAGGGCGCCGAGCCCCUGCGCCGCUUGCUGUGCGACGUGCACGCCGCCGAGCUGUCGCGCCUCGGCUACUGCAGCGCGCACCGCCGGCUCGCGGACGCCGGGGACAUGUGCGAGGACUGCGCGGCCGCGGCGGAGCCCGGGAAGGCGAUGCUGUCGUGGAUGGGCCGGAGCGAGCUCGGCGAGCGGGACCUCGCCUGCGCCUGCUGCGGCGUCGCGCUCGAGAGCGGCUUCUACUCGCCGCCGUUCUUGCUCACCACGUCGGCGCCGCGCGGCUCGGAUUGUGGCCACAAGGAAGAGGAAGAGGCAGCGAGGCCAAAUGGAGACGUGGUCUUUGUCUCCGAGGAAGGCCCUGUGAUCGAGCUCUUCGACGAGAAGCCAUCUGUGGAGGAUGACUCAAUCGGCGUCUUGGCUUAUGGUGCCGAGGUUGUUGCCAAUGAUGAGCGGCUGGUGCCUCUUGAAUCAAUUGACUCGUUGGUGGUCGCCAUGUGCUCCGUGUCAUCUCAAUCUGGUGGCGAAGGAAAGGAAGCAGUUGAUCAUGGCGAUGUAAGGCAGAAUAACGUGGACAUGGAGAACACAGUUAGUACCAAUGAGGAGAAAAUUGUCAUGACAUCUGAUGAUGACAAGGUUGAUGAUGUGGUUGAUCGGUUGAUUGAUGAACAGAUUGCUGCCAUAGUCUUUGUUCCAGCUUGUAUAGAAGCUACACUUGAUGAUGGGAUAAAUGCAGGCAAAACCGUGGAGGCCUUUGCUGAUCAUCAGUCUCCUGAGGAUGACAGUGGAUUGAAAGAUAAGGAUCAGAAAAUAUCAUUUGAAGAUGAGAUAUCUGAGGAUGAGCAAACUGAACAGGCUACUCCACAACAGGAAUUGUGUGCCAUGCCAACAGAUCCUAGUGACCAUGAAUUUGUUGAGAGGUUAGAAAGAAGUAUUGAGUUGGAGCAUUUUCCACGGGCUGAGUCAAAGCAUAAAAUGAACUCUAUGCCAGUGGAAGUUUCUGAGCAUGUCGCUGUAACUCAGAUUGAGGAGAAGCAGGUUCAACAAGCUGAGGUAAAUCAGGAGUUGGAGUCAAUACCAAUGCGUUCCAGGGAGCAUGCUGAUGAAGAACUUGAAGGAGAGAGAGCUGCACAGGCUGGGUUGGAACAAGAGUGUGACUCUGUGCCAAUUGAUUCUGGGGAACAUGGUUGCCUGACUUCAUAUGCUCAUAUUGAUGAUGAGCAAGCUGAGGUGAAGCAGAAAGUCACUUCUGUAACAGCAGAUGUUCUGCAUUAUGCAGCAGACACUUUUAAUGUUUACACAAACACAUGGAAAGAAGAUAUUGAAGAUGAUCCAACUGAAGCUGCUCUAACGGCCAUACAUCAAAUUUCUUAUGAACCUUUGACAAGCUUAGACAAGUUCUCUCCGGAUCAUAGUGUCUCUGAAGAAGACAGAGAGCCUGAUACGCCGACUCAUAUUGAAGAUAUAUGUGAUUCACAGGAACUGCUGGAUUCUAAAGCAGCUGUUUCUGAUGCUAAAUCUGUAGAUUCAAGUAUUGCUACUUUGUCUACUGAUCAGGAAAGCACUGAAUUGGUGAGUGUCGAUCAACUAAAAUCUGCUUUGGCUUCCACACGAAAGUCAUUGAAGACCCUAUAUUCUGAACUUGAAAAUGAGAGGAGCGCUGCUGCUAUAGCUGCCGAUGAAACCAUGGCAAUGAUAAACCGCUUGCAAGAACAGAAAGCUGCAAUGCAGAUGGAGGCAAUCCAAUACCAGCGGCUUAUGGAGGAACAGUCAGAGUAUGACCAAGAAGCACUGCAGAGGCUGAAUGAACUAGUUGUUAAGAGAGAGAAGGAGAAGCAAGAUCUGGAGAGAGAGCUCGAGCUGUAUCGCCACAAGGUUCAUCUCUAUGAGGUAAAGGUGAGGAAAAUGUCCAGGCACAAGGCUGAUGACCAGAAUGGAUCAUCGUCAACUUCAUCGAGUGCUGAGGAUAGUGAUGACCUUUCACAAAGUUUCUAUGAAGGUGAUGAAUCUUCCCAUGGUCUUAAUGGAAGCAAUGGGAGUAUUCCUACAGAUGUUGUGCUGCAAGAAACUGCCAGGCAUCUUGUUACCCUUGAUGGCUCGCUAGCUGAUUUUGAGGAAGAGAGACUCUCCAUACUGGAACAGCUUAAAGUGCUAGAGGAUAAACUUUUUGAUCUUGAUGAUGAAGAAUCAGAUACAAUGAAGCAUUUGUCAGAAGAAAAUCAUUUAAGUGGUGCCUCAAAUGGUUUCUCUGAUGAUGAUAGCUGCUUUAAACUUCAUGACAAAAGAAAAAGUGUAACCUACAGAGGAAAGAAGCUCCUUCCAUUGUUUGACGAUGCUACUAUGGAAGCUGGAAACAUCCCCCAAGGUGAUGAGGCACAUCAUUCAACAGAGGUCACACUGGACCUUGCUAGAGAGCAACAUAAGCUUGCAAUUGCCAAUGAAAUCGAUCAAGUAAAUGAGAGGCUGCAUGCUCUUGAGGCAGAUAGGGAAUAUAUAAAACAGUGUGUGAGGACAUUGAAAAAGGGUGGCAAAGGGUUUGAUCUUCUUCAGGAGAUAUUACAGCAUCUUCGGGACCUAAGAAGGAUUGAGCAGCGUGCAAGGAACUCUGGGGAGCUUUCGCCUCAUUACCUACAUCUUUACACGGACUGA